AUGGCGACCUCUUCGCGUCAACGAUCCGUGCUCUGGAUCGACAACGGCCUGCAGCUCAUUGACCAGCGCAAACUACCAACCGAGCUGGUUCUACUGCAAUGCAAGUCUGUUGACGACGUGACGCACGCUAUUGCUGACAUGGUCGUGCGUGGGGCACCGGCCAUUGGGGCGGCUGGAGCUUUUGGCCUCGUACUGGGCGCAAACCACUUUGUCGCCACGCAAAAGGCUGCUGGAAAUGGCUCUACUUCAGACUUUGUUCAAGCGGUCGAGCAGGCCAAAGCGACGAUCGACGCGGCCCGGCCAACGGCUGUGAAUCUCACGUGGGCAACGGACCGCGUCAUUCAAGCGCUUCGUCUCAAGAUCCAGCAAGAACCCCAAGUGACGGUGAAAGAUCUCGCACCGUUUGUGCUGACGGUCGCUCAGGCAUUGGCUGAAGAGGACGUGGCGAUCAAUAAACGCCUGAGUGAGUUUGGAGCUGAGGUGGUGCCAGUGGGGAGCAAUGUUCUGCACCACUGUAACACUGGUGCGUUGGCGACUGUGGAUAUUGGCACGGCCAUUGGCGUGAUCUACGAGUGUCACGCUCAGGGCAAGAACAUCCACGUGUGGGUGGACGAGACGCGACCACGUCUACAAGGUGCUCGUCUCACGGCUUGGGAGCUCAUGCGUGAACAGGUGCCAAUGCACCUUAUUGCAGACAAUGCAGCGGGACUUCUUAUGCUCACGGGCAAAGUCGACGUGGUGCUCUUUGGUGCCGAUCGAGUCGCUGCGAAUGGCGACGUUGUGAAUAAAAUUGGGACGUACAAACUCGCCGUGGUCGCUCGGGAGAACAAGGUGCCCGUGUACGCCUGUGUGCCUACGAGCACAGUGGAUUUGAGUUUCCUGGAUGGGAAAAACAUCCCGAUCGAAGAGCGUAGUGCUGAUGAAGUUGCGUGUAUUCAGGGCGUGCGUAUUGCCCCUGAAGGUUGUCCAGUGUUCAACCCGGCGUUCGACAUGACGCCGAAUCGAUACCUGACUGGUAUUAUUACGGAAGAAGGUGUGUGUUAUCCGCCUUUUGAGCAAAGUCUUGCCAAGGCAGUAGCUGCUGCUGAGAAGCGCCGCGCUGGAGCUUAG